ACCCAGAGGACCAAGAGUGUGGGUCAGGAGCCCCUGAGGAGGCAGGGGUCGUCGUCUGCAGGUCGCGCCCCCCAGCUCCUCUCCGCUCAGGCCAUCAAGCACAUCUGGGUACGCACCGCCCUCUUCGAGAAGGUCCUGGACAAGGUCGUACAGUACAUAGUGGAUAACUCCAGGUAAAAAAAUGGCAACUUCUGCAUUAACUCACACUGCACUGUAUGCAAAGCACUAUAGGUUAUCAAUGUCUGUUCCAGUCACGAUUUCAUUAUUUGUAAUUUAAUUAGCUUUCUCCCUGUUGCUUUUGUUCUGCACACUACAUUACUGCCUCUCUUGAAUUUUCAGACUCCCUAAUUUCAUUCCCUGUUUUGUCUUACAUUAGGCCUAAUGGAGUCAGUUGAGUGGUGUUUUCUCAUGUUGGACUCAAUGCUCUUUUGUUGUUUCUCUGUGUUGUGUGUGUUGUGUGUGUGGUGUGUGUGUGUGUGUGUGUGUGUGUGUGUGUGUGUGUGUUGUAUCUACAGUAAGUACUAUGAGAGGGAGGCUCUGAUGCAUGACUCAGUGUUUGGACCCAUCCUGGCAUUUCUACUGGGUAAGUUGCCCCUAAGAGCUGUUAUAAUGCUACAUUGGGUUGUUAUAACGUCCCUAUGGACUGUUAUAAUGCUACAUUGGGUUGUUAUAAUGUCCCUAUGGACUGUUAUAAUGCUACAUUGGGUUGUUAUAAUGUCCCUAUGGACUGUUAUAAUGCUACAUUGGGUUGUUAUAACGUCCCUAUGGACUGUUAUAAUGCUACAUUGGGUUGUUAUAAUGUUCCUACGGACUGUUAUAAUGCUACAUUGGGUUGUUAUAAUGUUCCUACGGACUGUUAUAAUGCUACAUUGGGUUGUUAUAACGUCCCUAUGGACUGUUAUAAUGCUACAUUGGGUUGUUAUAACGUCCCUACGGAAUGUUAUAAUGCUACAUUGGGUUGUUUAUCGUCUCUAUGGACUGUUAUAAAACAACAUUGGGUUGUUUAUCGUCCCUAUGGACUGUUAUAAUGCUACAUUGGGUUGUUAUAAUGUCCCUACGGACUGUUUUAAUGCUACAUUGGGUUGUUAUAACGUCCCUAUGGACUGUUAUAAUGCUACAUUGGGUUGUUAUAAUGUCCCUACGGACUGUUUUAAUGCUACAUUGGGUUGUUAUAACGUCCCUAUGGACUGUUAUAAUGCUACAUUGGGUUGUUAUAAUGUCCCUACGGACUGUUUUAAUGCUACAUUGGGUUGUUAUAACGUCCCUAUGGACUGUUAUAAUGCUACAUUGGGUUGUUUAUUGUCUCUACGGACUGUUAUAAUGCUACAUUGGGUUGUUAUAAUGUCCCUACGGACUGUUUUAAUGCUACAUUGGGUUGUUAUAACGUCCCUAUGGACUGUUAUAAUGCUACAUUGGGUUGUUGUAAUGUCCCUAUGGACUGUUAUAAUGCUACAUUGGGUUGUACUCCUGAGUGGCGCAGUGGUCUAAGGCACUGCAUCGCAGUGCUAACUGUGCCACUAGAUCCUGGUUCGAAUCCAGGUUCUGUCGCAGCCGGCCGCGACCGGGAGACUCAUGGGCGGCGCACAAUUGGCCCAGCGUCGUCCAGGGUAGGGGAGGGAAUGGCCGGCAGGGAUGUAGCUCAGUUGAUAGAGCAUGGCGUUUCAACACCAGGGUUGUGGGUUCGAUUCCCACGGGGGGCCAGUAUAAAAAAAAUAUGUAUUCACUAACUGUAAGUCGCUCUGGAUAAGAGCGUCUGCUAAAUGACUAAAAUGUAAAUGUAAAUGUUGUUAUAACGUCCCUAUGGACUGUUAUAAUGCUACAUUGGGUUGUUGUAAUGUCCCUAUGGACUGUUAUAAUGCUACAUUGGGUUGUUAUAAUGUCUCUACGGACUGUUAUAAUGCUACAUUGGGUUGUUAUAACGUCCCUAUGGACUGUUAUAAUGCUACAUUGGGUUGUUGUAAUGUCCCUAUGGACUGUUAUAAUGCUACAUUGGGUUGUUAUAAUGUCUCUACGGACUGUUAUAAUGCUACAUUGGGUUGUUAUAACAUCCCUAUGGACUGUUAUAAUGCUACAUUGGGUUGUUGUAAUGUCCCUAUGGACUGUUAUAAUGCUACAUUGGGUUGUUGUAAUGUCCCUAUGGACUGUUAUAAUGCUACAUUAGGUUGUUAUAACGUCCCUAUGGACAUCGGACUGUUAUAAUGCUACAUUGGGUUGUUAUAAUGUCCCUACGGACUGUUAUAAUGCUACAUACUGUAUAUACUCGUUUUGCAUAUAUUUACUCUCUCUCCCUCCCUCAUUCUCACCCUCUUUUACCCCCUCUUUCCCUCCCCCCCUCUCUCUCCCCCCUCCCUCCUACAGUGGGUCCCUGUGCUCUGGAGUACACUAAGCUGAAGACGUCCGACCACUUCUGGACGGACCCGUCAGCCAACGAGUUGGUCCAGCGUCACCGGAUCCACGGGGCCCACCGUGGUCAGGACGCUUCCCCCAGCAGGAGGCCCGCUCUGGGGGUGAGAGAGGCUGGGUCCCUGGGGGCCUGGGGAAUGCAUGGGGCACUUACUGGAGGAGUCGAUCAAUACAGUACAAUAAAUUCUUUAAGGAUUCAAUGAGCAGCAUUGGCAAUAUUAAUUUCCUUUAUAUUUAUUUAGACAGGAUAGUUCACUCAGUAACAAUUGUUUUCCAGGGAGUCCUGGGAGUAGUCUCUCAGAGGGCCCUAGACCCUUGUAGUCAGACAAUAGGGCUAAGUAACCACAGGGUUAUUGGUUCAAAUCCCCAAUGGGUAAAGGACCCAGUCAGUUUCAAUCAUGGUCACAUGGUUUGCGUCCCAAAUGGCACCAUAUACCCUAUAUAGUGCACAACUUUUGACCAUAGCCCAAAGGGUGCCAGUCACAUUCUGUUAAUGUGGGUCGCUCCUCUUUUCAGUUCGCAGCUGCUAGCAACUGGAACGAGAUGCAAAAACAGUCAAACUGGACUGUUUUAUCUCCAUCUCUACGUUCAAAGACUCAAUCAUGGACACUCUUACUGACGCGUGUGGCUGCUUCGCAUGAUGUGUUUUAGUCUCUACCAUUUUGUCCUUUGUGCCUAACAAUGUUUGUGCCAUGUUUGUGCUGCUACUAUGUUGUGUUGUUUUCAUGUUGUGUUGCUGUCAUGUUGUGUUGUUGUCAUGUAUUUUUGCUGCCACGUUGUGUUGUUAUCAAGUUGUGUUGCUACCAUGUUGUGUUGCUGUUGUGUUGCUGUCAAGUUGUGUUGCUGUCAUGUUGUGUUGUUGUCAGGUGUUGUUUUCAUGUUGUGUUACUGCCAUGUUGUCUUUUUAUGUGUUGUUGUUGUGUUGUGGUGCUGUCAUGUUGUGUUGUUGUCAUGAUGUGUUUCUGCCAGGUUGUGUUGUUGUCAUGUGUAGUUUUCAUGUUGUGUUGUUGUUGUGUUGUGUUGCUGUCAUGUUGUGUUGUUAUCAUGUUGUGUUGUUGUGUUGUGUUGUUGUAAUGUUGUGUUGCUGUCAUGUUGUGUUGUCAUGUGUUGCUGCCAUGUUGUGUUGUUGUCAUGUGUAGUUUUCAUGUUGUGUUGUUGUCAUGUUGUGUUGUGUUGCUGUCAUGUUGUGUUGUUAUCAUGUUGUGUUGCUGCCAUGUUGUGUUGUUGUAAUGUUGUGUUGCUGUCAUGUUGUGUUGUCAUGUGUUGCUGCCAUGUUGUGUUGUGGUGUUGUCAUAUUGUGUUGCUGCCAGGUUGUGGUGUUGUCAUUUUGUGUUGUCAAGUUGUGUUGCUGCCAUGUUGUGUUGUUCUUGUGUUGUAACGUUGUGUUGCUGCCAUGUUGUGUUAUGUGUUGCUGCCAUGUGGUGGUGUUGUUGUGUUGCUCUCAAGUUGUGUUGUUGUCAUGUUGUGUUUCUGUCAUGUUGUGUUGUUGUCAUGUGUUGUUUUCAUGUUGUGUUGCUGUCAUGUGUUGUCAUGUUCUGUUGUUGUUGUGUUGCUGACAGGUUGUGGUGUUGUCAUGUGUUGUUGUCAUGUUGUGUUGAUGUUGUGUUGUUGUCAUGUUGUGUUGUUGUCAUGUUGUGUUUCUGCAAUGUUGUGUUGUCAUGUGUUGCUGUUGUGUUGUUGUCAUGUUGUAUUGUCAUGUUGUGUUGUGGUGUUGUGGUGUUGUCAUAUUGUGUUGCUGCCAGGUGGUGGUGUUGUCAUUUUGUGUUGUCAAGUUGUGUUGCUGCCAUGUUGUGUUGUUUUUGUGUUGUUCUUCUGUUCUUCUGUUGUAACGUUGUGUUGCUGCCAUGUUGUGUUAUGUGUUGCUGUCAUGUGGUGGUGUUGUUUUGUUGCUGUCAAGUUGUGUUGUUGUCAUGUUGUGUUUCUGUCAUGUUGUGUUGUUGUCAUGUGUUGUUUUCAUGUUGUGUUGCUGCCAUGUUGUGUUAUGUGUUGUUGUCAUGUUGUGUUGCUGUCAUGUGUUGUCAUGUUCUGUUGUUGUUGUGUUGCUGACAGGUUGUGGUGUUGUCAUGUGUUGUUGUCAUGUUGUGUUGAUGUUGUGUUGUUGUCAUGUUGUGUUGUUGUCAUGUUGUGUUUCUGCAAUGUUGUGUUGUCAUGUGUUGCUGUUGUGUUGUUGUCAUGUUGUGUUGCUGUCAUGUUGUGUUGUUGUCAUGUUGUGUUGCUGUUGUGUUGUUCUGGAGGUGAAAGAAACACACAUCUGUUUAGGAGAGGUGCUGGCUAGCGGAGUAGAACACCUGUUUAGGAGAGGUGCUGGCUAGCAGAGUAGAACACCUGUUUAGGAGAGGUGCUGGCUAGCAGAGUAGAACACCUGUUUAGGAGAGGUGCUGGCUAGCAGAGUAGAACACCUGUUUAGGAGAGGUGCUGGCUAGCAGAGUAGAACACCUGUUUAGGAGAGGUGCUGGGUAGCAGAGUAGAACACCUGUUUAGGAGAGGUGCUGGCUAGCAGAGUAGAACACCUGUUUAGGAGAGGUGCUGGCUAGCGGAGUAGAACACCUGUUUAGGAGAGGUGCUGGCUAGCAGAGUAGAACACCUGUUUAGGAGAGGUGCUGGGUAGCAGAGUAGAACACCUGUUUAGGAGAGGUGCUGGCUAACAGAGUAGAACACCUGUUUAGGAGAGGUGCUGGCUAGCAGAGUAGAACACCUGUUUAGGAGAGGUGCUGGCUAGCAGAGUAGAACACCUGUUUAGGAGAGGUGCUGGGUAGCAGAGUAGAACACCUGUUUAGGAGAGGUGCUGGCUAACAGAGUAGAAACACCUGUUUAGGAGAGGUGCUGGCUAGCAGAGUAGAACACCUAUUUAGGAGAGGUGCUGGGUAGCAGAGUAGAACACCUGUUUAGGAGAGGUGCUGGCUAGCAGAGUAGAACACCUGUUUAGGAGAGGUGCUGGCUAGCAGAGUAGAACACCUGUUUAGGAGAGGUGCUGGGUAGCAGAGUAGAACACCUGUUUAGGAGAGGUGCUGGCUAGCAGAGUAGAACACCUGUUUAGGAGAGGUGCUGGCUAACAGAGUAGAACACCUGUUUAGGAGAGGUGCUGGGUAGCAGAGUAGAACACCUGUUUAGGCGAGGUGCUGGCUAGCGGAGUAGAACACCUGUUUAGGAGAGGUGCUGGCUAGCGGAGUAGAACACCUGUUUAGGAGAGGUGCUGGCCAGCAGAGUAGAACACCUGUUUAGGAGAGGUGCUGGCUAGCAGAGUAGAACACCUGUUUAGGAGAGGUGCUGGCUAGCAGAGUAGAACACCUGUUUAGGAGAGGUGCUGGCUAGCAGAGUAGAACACCUGUUUAGGAGAGGUGCUGGCUAGCAGAGUAGAACACCUGUUUAGGAGAGGUGCUGGCUAACAGAGGAGAACACCUGUUUAGGAGAGGUGCUGGCUAGCAGAGUAGAACACCUGUUUAGGAGAGGUGCUGGGUAGCAGAGUAGAACACCUGUUUAGGAGAGGUGCUGGCUAGCGGAGUAGAACACCUGUUUAGGAGAGGUGCUGGCUAGCAGAGUAGAACACCUGUUUAGGAGAGGUGCUGGGUAGCAGAGUAGAACACCUGUUUAGGAGAGGUGCUGGCUAACAGAGUAGAACACCUGUUUAGGAGAGGUGCUGGCUAACAGAGUAGAACACCUGUUUAGGAGAGGUGCUGGCUAGCAGAGUAGAACACCUGUUUAGGAGAGGUGCUGGCUAACAGAGUAGAACACCUGUUUAGGAGAGGUGCUGGCUAACAGAGUAGAACACCUGUUUAGGAGAGGUGCUGGCUAGCAGAGUAGAACACCUGUUUAGGAGAGGUGCUGGCUAGCGGAGUAGAACACCUGUUUAGGAGAGGUGCUGGCUAGCAGAGUAGAACACCUGUUUAGGAGAGGUGCUGGCCAGCAGAGUAGAACACUUGAAAAAUAAAAGGAGAGUCUCACUCUAGGAGCUCAGAUGCAAUAAUUUAAUAACCUAAUAACCAACGUUUGGACAGACAAGCUGUCUUCAUCAGGGUAUAAUGACAAACACUGCGGGUCACUAGUUUAUAUAGGGUCCGAAAGCACUUUACCGAUACUGUCAUCGGAUCUUAGAAUGUGCCAAUGUUUGUGAACGAUUCCCUUCAUUUGUUCAGAGCACUUUGAAUAGUAAGGUAGUAAGAACACAAUAAUGCUUCUUUUUGAGAGACUGUCCUUGAAAGAGAUCAUGUCUCGAUUUAUUUCUGAUUUUCUCAAUGGCAGUAUUAAUCUGACCAUUUUUGUACCCCCUGUCCUUGAAUUUUAUUUGCUUUGUCAGCCAUAUUUCUAUCGAAAUCAGAUUUUUUUUUUGUGCAAAUUCUUUUAAUUUGACAGAAUUGGCUGUAGGGCAAACUGUUUUUCAAGGGAAGCAGGUGACAGCUAUCAGGUGACGGCUAUCAGGUGACAGCUAUCAGGUGACAGCUUUCAGGUGACAGCUAUCAGGUGACGGCUAUCAGGUGACAGCUAUCAGGUGACAGCUAUCAGGUGACGGCUAUCAGGUGACAGCUAUCAGGUGACAGCUAUCAGGUGACAGCUAUCAGGUGACAGCUAUCAGGUGACAGCUAUCAGGUGACAGCUAUCAGUAGGUUUCCUGUAAAGAUCAGUGUAUAGGAAAGCUAUUUGCUUCUCUGGCACCCCAAUGGUGGAACAAGCUCCCCCACGACGCCAGGACAGCGGAGUCACUGACCACCUUCCGGAGACACUUGAAACCCUACCUCUUUAAGGAAUACCUGGAAUAGUAUAACAGUAAUCCUUCUACCCCCCCCCCCCCACCCCCCACCCCCCACGCUGCUGCCACUGGCUAUCAUAAGUUGAAUGCACCAAUUUGUAAGUCGCUCUGGAUAAGAGCGUCUGCUAAAUGAUGUAAAUGUAACUGUAUAGAACAUUAUCCUCACACAAAAUCAGAAGAUCAAUGGUUAAAUAAAUAAAAUACAAAUUUGGGGGACAAUCAGUCAGGAUCUGAGUCACGUCCUUACACACACAAUACUGAAUAAUGUAGACCUUUCUCAUGGCCUGUUUCCCAGAUCCGGAAGAGGCAGUCCAGCGUCAGCAUGUCCGAGGAUAAGUUUGCGGCGUCUGCUCGGGAAUACGUGGAAUCUCUUCACCAGAACUCCCGUACUCACCUGCUCUACGGCAAAAACAACGUCCUGGUCCAACCGGUAAGAGUACACAGAGUUUUAAUACUGUGACAUGUAGUAGUGUGACACUCUGGCUCUAGGACUUGUGUAUGUGAGCUAGAGUGUAUGUUGUUUUGUUGGGGUUUGGGUGUAUUUUUAUGUUUGCAUGUCUGUCACGUUUAUUUCUAGGUGGGGAGUUCUGUUGUGUAUAUUUCUAGGUUGUUGUAUGUUGUCGUCAAUGACUCCCAAUCGGAGGUAACGAGUGUCAGCUGUCGGCUCGUUAUCUCUGAUUGGGAGCCAUAUUUAAACUGUGUGUUUUCACCUUGUGUUUGUGGGUUUUUGUUUCCUUGUUUCCAUUGUUUCCGUGUCAGUCGGUGUUUGUUGGACUUCACGAUUCGUCUUUUGUUUUGUAGUUACGUGCUUCUUUAUUAAAAAUCAUGUUCACUCGCAACGCUGCGCUUUGGUCCGCUUCCUCAUUAGUAGACGAUCGUGACAGAAAAACCCACCAUCAAAGGACCAAGCAGCGUGUCCAGGAGCCGAGGGUCUGGACAUGGGAAGAGUUAUUGGACGGAAAGGGUCCUUGGGCACAACCGGGAGAAUAUCGCCUCCCUCGUGAAGAGCUGGAGGCAGCCAAAGCCGAGAGGAGGUGGUACGAGGAGGCAGCGCGAAGGCGAGGCUGGAAGCCCGUGGAAGAGAGGCAACCCCAAUAAAUUUUUGGGGGGGGGCACAUGGCUUGGGCGGCUGGGCAGCAGGAGGCUGCCACAGGGAGAAAAGGAGAGAAGGCUAACGGAGUACGGGAGCCAUUGGCGAGUAGAAGGAGGGAAGUGUGUGUGGCACGGCGUGAAGGACUGAUGUGUGUUGCCAGUCCGGUCCGGCCCGUUCCUGAUCCUCGGUUGAGGCCAGUGGUGUGUGUUCCCGGUACGGACCGGCCUGUUCCUACUCCAAGCACCAGGUCCACGGUGUGCUACGCCAGCCCGACCCGGCCUGUUCCGGCCACUCGCACCAGGGAUGCGGUGCGCGUCGCCAGCCUGGUCCGGCCUAUUCCGGCCACUCGCACCAGGGAUACGGUGCGCGUCGCCAGCUCAGCCCGGCCUGUUCCUACUCCACGCACCAGGGAUACGGUGCGCUUCGCCAGCCCGGCCCGGCCUGUUCCGGCCACUCGCACCAGGGAUACGGUGCGCGUCGCCAGCCCAGCCCGGCCUGUUCCUACUCCACGCACCAGGGAGACGGUGCGCUUCGCCAGCCCGGCCCGGCCUGUUCCGGCCACUCGCACCAGGGAUACGGUGCGCGUCGCCAGCCCAGCCCGGCCUGUUCCUGCUCUCCCGCACUAGGCGUGAGGUGAGUCCCCAGGGUCCAGCAUGCCCUGUUCCGGCUCCCCGCACUAGGCGUUAUGGGAGUCCCCAGGGUCCAGCAUGCCCUGUUCCGACUCCCCGCACUAGCCCUGAGAUGCGUGUCCUCAGCCCGGUACCUCCAGUUCCGGCACCACGCAUCAGGCCUACGGUGCGUCCCCAGGGUCCAGCAUGCCCUGUUGCUUCUCCCCGCACUAGCCCUGAGAUGCGUGUCCUCAGCCCGGUACCUCCUGUUCCGGCACCACGCACCAGGCCUACGAUGCGCCUCAGACGGCCAGAGUCUGCCGUCUGCCCAACGGGGCCUGAACUGCCCGUCUGCCCAAAGCCUGCAAAGCCGCCCGUCUGCCAUGAGCCAUCAGAGCCGUCCGCCAGACCGGAGCCGCUAGAGCCUUCCGCCAGACAGGAUCAGCCAGAGCCUUCCGCCAGACAGGAUCAGCCAGAGCCUUCUGCCAGACAGGAUCAGCCAGAGCCUUCUGCCAGACAGGAUCAGCCAGAGCCUUCCGCCAGACAGGAUCAGCCAGAUCCGUCAGUCGGCCAUGAGCAGCCAGAUCCGUCAGCCAGCCAUGAGCAGCCAGAUCCGUCAGCCAGCCAUGAGCAGCCAGAUCCGUCAGCCAGCCAUGAGCAGCCAGAUCCGUCAGCCAGCCAUGAGCAGCCAGAUCCGUCAGCCAGCCAUGAGCAGCCAGAUCCGUCAGCCAGCCAUGAGCAGCCAGAUCCGUCAGCCAGCCAUGAGCCGUCCAGCCAGGAUCCGCCAGAGCCGUCCAGCCCAGGAUCCGCCAGAGCCGUCCAGCCGGGAUCCGCCAGAGCCGUCCAGCCGGGAUCCGCCAGAGCCGUCCAGCCGGGAUCCGCCAGAGCCGUCCAGCCAGGAUCCGCCAGCCAGCCAGGAUCCGCCAGAGCCAGCCAGCCAGGAUCCGCCAUUUAGUCAGGUGCUGCCCCUUAGCUCGGUGUUGCUCCUUAUCCUGGUGCUGUCCCUUAUCCUGGUGCUGUCCCUUAGCCUGGGUACUGCCCCUUAGUCCGGUACUGCCCCUUAGUCCGGUUACUGCCCCGUAGCCUGGUGCUGUCCUUAUCCUGGUGCUGUCCCUUAGCCUGGUACUGCCCCUUAGUCCGGUUACUGCCCCUUAGUCCGGUUACUUGCCCCGUAGUCCGGGUGCUGCCCCUUAGUCCGGUGCCGCCCCUUAACCCAGUGGGGUGUAGUUGGGGGGGUGGUAAUGUGUAGGAGGCUACUUAAGCAGGUUGUGACUGUGGUGGGGUGGGGAUCACGACCGGGGCCAGAACCGCCACCGUGGACAGACGCCCACCCAGACCCUCCCCUAGACUGUGGGCUGGUGCGCCCGGAGUUCGCACCUUUAGGGGGGGGUACUGUGACACUCUGGCUCUAGGACUUGUGUAUGUGAGCUAGAGUGUAUGUUGUUUUGUUGGGGUUUGGGUGUAUUUUUAUGUUUGCAUGUCUGUCACGUUUAUUUCUAGGUGGGGAGUUCUGUUGUGUAUAUUUCUAGGUUGUUGUAUGUUGUCGUCAAUGACUCCCAAUCGGAGGUAACGAGUGUCAGCUGUCGGCUCGUUAUCUCUGAUUGGGAGCCAUAUUUAAACUGUGUGUUUUCACCUUGUGUUUGUGGGUUUUUGUUUCCUUGUUUCCGUGUCAGUCGGUGUUUGUUGGACUUCACGAUUCGUCUUUUGUUUUGUAGUUACGUGCUUCUUUAUUAAAAAUCAUGUUCACUCGCAACGCUGCGCUUUGGUCCGCUUCCUCAUUAGUAGACGAUCGUGACAAGUAGUAUUAUUGUAGUACUGUAGAAAUAUUAUAGUACAGCCAAGAAGAGGAUCAGCCACCUCUCUGAGCCGGCUUCUUCGCUAGGUUUCUUCCUCCUAGGUUCCUGCCUUCUAGCGAGUGUUUCCUGGCCACUGUGUAUUUGCUUCUGCUUUGCUUGCUGUUUGGGGUUUUAGGCUGGGUAUCUGUAAAGCACUUUGUGACAUCUGCUGAUGUAAAAAGGGCUUUUAUAAAAUACAUUUGAUUGAUUGAUUAAUUGAACUCAGGGAUGGUCAAUAAGGCUUUGGGGUAGUUAGUAAAUACACCCUGAGAAAGUUGCUCCUAUAUGAUCCAGUCUGUUUGUCUCCUCCCUAUAUGAUCCAGUCUGUUUGUCUCCUCCCUAUAUGAUCCAGUCUGUUUGUCUCCUCCCUAUAUGAUCCAGUCUGUUUGUCUGCUUCCUAUAUGAUCCAGUCUGUUUGUCUCCUCCCUAUAUGAUCCAGUCUGUUUGUCUGCUUCCUAUAUGAUCCAGUCUGUUUGUCUCCUCCCUAUAUGAUCCAGUCUGUUUGUCUGCUUCCUAUAUGAUCCAGUCUGUUUGUCUCCUCCCUAUAUGAUCCAGUCUGUUUGUCUCCUCCCUAUAUGAUCCAGUCUGUUUGUCUCCUCCCUAUAUGAUCCAGUCUGUUUGUCUCCUCCCUAUAUGAUCCAGUCUGUUUGUCUCCUCCCUAUAUGAUCCAGUCUGUUUGUCUCCUCCCUAUAUGAUCCAGUCUGUUUGUCUCCCCCCUUAUAUGAUCCAGUCUGUUUGUCUCCUCCCUAUAUGAUCCAGUCUGUUUGUCUCCUCCCUAUAUGAUCCAGUCUGUUUGUCUCCUCCCUAUAUGAUCCAGUCUGUUUGUCUGCUUCCUAUAUGAUCCAGUCUGUUUGUCUGCUUCCUAUAUGAUCCAGUCUGUUUGUCUGCUUCCUAUAUGAUCCAGUCUGUUUGUCUCCUCCUUAUAUGAUCCAGUCUGUUUGUCUGCUUCCUAUAUGAUCCAGUCUGUUUGUCUGCUACCUAUAUGAUCCAGUCUGUUUGUCUCCUCCCUAUAUGAUCCAGUCUGUUUGUCUCCUCACUAUAUGAUCCAGUCUGUUUGUCUCCUCCCUAUAUGAUCCAGUCUGUUUGUCUGCUUCCUAUAUGAUCCAGUCUGUUUGUCUCCUCCCUAUAUGAUCCAGUCUGUUUGUCUGCUUCCUAUAUGAUCCAGUCUGUUUGUCUCCUCCCUAUAUGAUCCAGUCUGUUUGUCUCCUCCCUAUAUGAUCCAGUCUGUUUGUCUCCUCCCUAUAUGAUCCAGUCUGUUUGUCUGCUUCCUAUAUGAUCCAGUCUGUUUUUUCUCCUCCCUAUAUGAUCCAGUCUGUUUGUCUCCUCCCUAUAUGAUCCAGUCUGUUUGUCUCCUCCCUAUAUGAUCCAGUCUGUUUGUCUCCUCCCUAUAUGAUCCAGUCUGUUUGUCUCCUCCCUAUAUGAUCCAGUCUGUUUGUCUGCUUCCUAUAUGAUCCAGUCUGUUUGUCUCCUCCCUAUAUGAUCCAGUCUGUUUGUCUCCUCCCUAUAUGAUCCAGUCUGUUUGUCUGCUCCCUAUAUGAUCCAGUCUGUUUGUCUGCUCCCUAUAUGAUCCAGUCUGUUUGUCUGCUCCCUAUAUGAUCCAGUCUGUUUGUCUCCUCCCUAUAUGAUCCAGUCUGUUUGUCUCCCUCCCUAUAUGAUCCAGUCUGUUUGUCUCCUCCCUAUAUGAUCCAGUCUGUUUGUCUCCUCCCUAUAUGAUCCAGUCUGUUUGUCUCCUCCCUAUAUGAUCCAGUCUGUUUGUCUCCUCCCUAUAUGAUCCAGUCUGUUUGUCUGCUUCCUAUAUGAUCCAGUCUGUUUGUCUCCUCCCUAUAUGAUCCAGUCUGUUUGUCUCCUCCCUAUAUGAUCCAGUCUGUUUGUCUCCUCCCUAUAUGAUCCAGUCUGUUUGUCUGCUACCUAUAUGAUCCAGUCUGUUUGUCUCCUCCCUAUAUGAUCCAGUCUGUUUGUCUCCUCCCUAUAUGAUCCAGUCUGUUUGUCUCCUCCCUAUAUGAUCCAGUCUGUUUGUCUCCUCCCUAUAUGAUCCAGUCUGUUUUGUCUCCUCCCUAUAUGAUCCAGUCUGUUUGUCUCCUCCCUAUAUGAUCCAGUCUGUUUGUCUGCUUCCUAUAUGAUCCAGUCUGUUUGUCUCCUCCCUAUAUGAUCCAGUCUGUUUGUCUCCUCCCUAUAUGAUCCAGUCUGUUUGUCUCCUCCCUAUAUGAUCCAGUCUGUUUGUCUGCUUCCUAUAUGAUCCAGUCUGUUUGUCUCCUCCCUAUAUGAUCCAGUCUGUUUGUCUCCUCCCUAUAUGAUCCAGUCUGUUUGUCUCCUCCCUAUAUGAUCCAGUCUGUUUGUCUCCUCCCUAUAUGAUCCAGUCUGUUUGUCUGCUUCCUAUAUGAUCCAGUCUGUUUGUCUAGAUCAUAUAGGGAGCAGACUAACAGACUGGAUCAGUGUCCUUGUGUGAUCUCGCUCUCCGUAGCAGAUGUGAGUAAGACCUUUAAACAGGUUAACAUUCACAAGGCCGCAGGGCCAGACAGAUUACCAGGACGCGUACUCAGAGCAUGCGCUGACCAGCUGGCCAGUGUCUUCACUGACAUUUUCAACCUCUCCCUGACCCACGUUUCGAACAGACCACCAUAGUCCCUGUGCCCAAGAACGCCAAGGUAAACUGUCUAAAUGACUAUUUCCCUGUAGCACACUCGUCUGUAGCCAUGAAAUGCUUUGAAAGGCUGGUCAUGGCUCACAUCAACACCAUCAUCCCAGACACCCUGGACCCACUCCAAUUAGCAUACCGCCCCAACAGAUCCACAGAUGACGCAAUCUCUAUUGCACGCCACACUGCCCCUUCCCACCUGGACAAGAGGAACACCUAUGUGAGAAUGCUGUUCAUUGACUAAAGCUCAGUGUUAAACACCAUAGUGCCCUCCAAGCUCAUCACUAAGCUAAGGAACCAGGGACUGAACACCUCCCUCUGCAUCUGGAUCCUGGACUUCCUGACGGGUCACCCACAGGUGGUGAGGGUAGGCAACAAGACAUCUGCCACACUGACCCUCAAACGGGGGCCCCUCAGGGGUACGUGCUUAGUCCCCUCCUGUACUCCCUGUUCACCCACGACUGCGUGGCUGCGCACGACUCCAACACCAUCAUUAAGUUUGCUGUUGACAUGACGGUGGUAGGACUGAUCACCCACGACGAUGAGACAGCCUAUAGGGAGGAGGUCAGUGACCUGGCAGUGUGGUGCCAUGACAACAACUUCUCCCUCAACGUCAGCAAGACAAAGGAGCUGAUCGUGGACUACAGGAAACAGAGGGCCGAGCACGGCCCCAUCCACAUCGACGGGGCUGUAGUGGAGUGGGUCGAGAGCUUCAAGUUCCUCGGUGUCCACAUCACUACGGAAUUAACAUGGUCCACACACACCAACACAGUCGUGAAGAAGGCACGAAAAUGCCUCUUCCCCCUCAGGAGGCUGAAAAGAUUUGUCAUGGGCCCUCAGAUCCUCAAAACGUUCUACAGCUGCACCAUUGAGAGCAUCUUGACUGGCUGCAUCACCGCUUGGUACGGGAACUGCUUGGCAUCCGACCGCAAGGUGCUACAGAGGGUAGUGUGUACGGCCCAGUACAUCACUGGGGCCGAGCUCCCUGCCAUCCAGGACCUCUAUACCAGGCGGUGUCAGAGGAAGGCCCGGAAAAUUGUCAAUACUUUUCAAUACUCUAGCACCCUCCCCUGUUUGCAAUACCCCAGCACCCUCCCCUGUUUUCAAUACUCCAGCACCCUCCCCUGUUUUCAAUACUCCAGCACCCUCCCCUGUUUUCAAUACUCCAGCACCCUCCCCUGUUUUCAAUACUCCAGCACCCUCCCCUGUUUCCAAUACUCCAGCACCCUCCCCUGUUUUCAAUAGUCCAGCACCCUCCCCUGUUUCCAAUACUCCAGCACCCUCCCCCUGUUUCCAAUACUCCAGCACCCUCCCCCUGUUUCCAAUAGUCCAGCACCCUCCCCUGUUUUCAAUACUCCAGCACCCUCCCCUUGUGAGGAUAACGACACUGAGCCUUUUUCUAAAAUGUUUUAUGACAUUGGAGAACACAUUGGGAGGGAUCUUAGAUCAUUCCUCCAUACAGAAUCUUUCCAGAUCCUUGAUACCCUUCGUCUGCUCUUAUGGACUGCCCACUUCAAUUCAAACCACAGGUUUUCAAUAGGGUUCAAGUCCGGAGACUGAGAUGGCCAUUGCAAAAUGUUGAUUUUGUGGUCAAUUAACCAUUUCUUUGUGGAUUUUGAUAUGUGCUUGGGGUUAGUGUCUUGCUGAAAGAUCUACAAGUGUCAGCCUCCUGGCAGAGGAAACCAGGUGUUGGGCUAAAAUGUCCUGGUACUGGGUAAAGUUCAUGAUGCUGUUGACCUUAACAAGGGCCCCAGGACCAGUGGAAGCUAAAUAGCCCCGUAACAUCACAGAUCCACCACUAUAUUUUACAGUAGGUACAAGGUAACCUUUCUGCAUAUGCUUCUGUUUUUCAACACCAAACCCACCACUGGUGUGCACGGCCAAAUAACUUUUAUUUUCAUGAGACCGUUGAUAAAUGGCACUUGGAUUGGAACCGGUGUUAUGGUCAGAUGACAUAGAAAUAAAGGUCUUUGCCCCCCCCCCCCUUCCAUAUAGAAGAAAGAAAUGGAGGUGUUGCGGGGGUACCUGUCCCUUCACCAGGCAGGGGACAACCUCACCCUGAAGUGGACCCCUAACCAGCUCAUCAACGGCACCCUGGGGGACUGUGACCUGGAGAAGAGGUAGGUACAGCCCUGCGGGACAUAGGCAUGAAAUUGUAUUUUAUUUAUUUAUUUUAUUUUUUAUUUUACCUUUAUUUAACUAGGCAAGUCAGUUAAGAACUAAUUCUUAUUUACAAUGACUGCCUACACCGGCCAAACCCGGACGACGCUGGGCCAAUUGUGCGCCGCCCUAUGGGACUCCCAAUCACGGCCGGUUGUGAUACAGCCUGGAAUCGAACCAGGGGGUCUGUAGUGACGCCUCAAGCACUGAGAUGCAGUGCCUUAGACCGCUGCGCCACUCGGUCUGUAGUGACGCCUCAAGCACUGAGAUGCAGUGCCUUAGACCGCUGCGCCACUCGGUCUGUAGUGACGCCUCAAGCACUGAGAUGCAGUGCCUUAGAACGCUGCGCCACUCGUCUCCUCCCUCCCUGUAUAUAGAAACAUAUUGUGAUGGAGACCCUCCUAUUUGACCCACUGAAGACCUUUCCCGGUCAGAGAGUUAAGGCAACCUCACAGAGAGUUACCACACAGAGAGUUACCUCACAGAGAGUUACCACACAGAGAGUUACCUCACAGAGAGUUACCACACAGAGAGUUACCUCACAGAGGGUUACCUCACAGAGAGUUACCUCACAGAGAGUUACCACACAGAGAGUUACCUCACAGAGAGUUACCACACAGAGUUACCUCACAGAGAGUUACCUCACAGAGAGUUACCUCACAGAGAGUUACCUCACAGAGAGUUACCACACAGAGAGUUACCUCACAGAGAGUUACCACACAGAGAGUUACCACACAGAGAGUUACCUCACAGAGAGUUACCUCACAGAGAGUUACCACACAGAGAGUUACCACACAGAGAGUUACCUCACAGAGAGUUACCUCACAGAGAGUUACCUCACAGAGAGUUGCCACACAGAGAGUUACCACACAGAGAGUUACCACACAGAGUUACCUCACAGAGAGUUACCACACAGAGAGUUACCUCACAGAGAGUUACCUCACAGAGAGUUACUUUCACAGAGAGUUACCACACAGAGAGUUACCACACAGAGAGUUACCACACAGAGAGUUACCACACAGAGAGUUACCACACAGAGAGUUACCACACAGAGAGUUACCUCACAGAGAGUUACCACACAGAGAGUUACCUCACAGAGAGUUACCACACAGAGAGGUACCACACAGAGAGGUACCACACAGAGAGUUACCUCACAGAGAGUUACCUCACAGAGAGUUACCACACAGAGAGUUACCUCACAGAGAGUUACCUCACAGAGAGUUACCACACAGAGAGUUACUACACAGAGAGUUACCACACAGAGAGUUACCACACAGAGAGUUACCACACAGAGUUACCACACAGAGAGUUACCACACAGAGUUACCUCACAGAGAGUUACCACACAGAGAGUCACCACACAGAGUUACCUCACAGAGAGUUACCUCACAGAGAGUUACCUCACAGAGAGUUACCACACAGAGAGUUACCUCACAGAGUUACCUCACAGAGAGUUACCUCACAGAGAGUUACCACACAGAGAGUUACCACACAGAGAGUUACCACACACAGGGGGCGCUAUUGCCAAGCAGGAGUAAUGAUCCUGGAAAUGGUACAGAGAAAGAGAGAGAGUGCAAUAAAUACAACAUGACAACUAUACAUCUAUAUAUAUAUAUAUAUAUAGAGGAAUGUAAUGUAAUGGUAUAUUAUAAAUAUAUAUAGAGAGAAUGAUGAAUAGAACAAAGGACUGUAUAAAUAUUAACAUACAGUGGGGGAAAAAAGUAUUUAGUCAGCCACCAAUUGUGCAAGUUCUCCCACUUAAAAAGAUGAGAGGCCUGUAAUUUUCAUCAUAGGUACACGUCAACUAUGACAGACAAAAUGAGAAAAAAAAUCCAGAAAAUCACAUUGUAGGAUUUUUAAUGAAUUUAUUUGCAAAUUAUGGUGGAAAAUAAGUAUUUGGUCACCUACAAACAAGCAAGAUUUCUGGCUCUCACAGACCUGUAACUUCUUCUUUAAGAGGCUCCUCUGUCCUCCACUCGUUACCUGUAUUAAUGGCACCUGUUUGAACUUGUUAUCAGUAUAAAAGACACCUGUCUACAACCUCAAACAGUCACACUCCAAACUCCACUAUGGCCAAGACCAAAGAGCUGUCAAAGGACACCAGAAACAAAAUUGAAGACCUGCACCAGGCUGGGAAGACUGAAUCUGCAAUAGGUAAGCAGCUUGGUUUGAAGAAAUCAACUGUGGGAGCAAUUAUUAGGAAAUGGAAGACAUACAAGACCACUGAUAAUCUCCCUCGAUCUGGGGCUCCACGCAAGAUCUCACCCCGUGGGGUCAAAAUGAUCACAAGAACGGUGAGCAAAAAUCCCAGAACCACACGGGGGGACCUAGUGAAUGACCUGCAGAGAGCUGGGACCAAAGUAACAAAGCCUACCAUCAGUAACACACUACGCCGCCAGGGACUCAAAUCCUGCAGUGCCAGACGUGUCCCCCUGCUUAAGCCAGUACAUGUCCAGGCCCGUCUGAAGUUUGCUAGAGUGCAUUUGGAUGAUCCAGAAGAGGAUUUGGAGAAUGUCAUAUGGUCAGAUGAAACCAAAAUAGAACUUUUUGGUAAAAACUCAACUCGUCGUGUUUGGAGGACAAAGAAUGCUGAGUUGCAUCCAAAGAACACCAUACCUACUGUGAAGCAUGGGGGUGGAAACAUCAUGCUUUGGGGCUGUUUUUUCUGCAAAGGGACCAGGACGACUGAUCCGUGUAAAGGAAAGAAUGAAUGGGGCCAUGUAUCGUGAGAUUUUGUGUGAAAACCUCCUUCCAUCAGCAAGGGCAUUGAAGAUGAAACGUGGCUGGGUCUUUCAGCAUGACAAUGAUCCCAAACACACCGCCCGGGCAACGAAGGAGUGGCUUCGUAAGAAGCAUUUCAAGGUCCCGGAGUGGCCUAGCCAGUCUCCAGAUCUCAACCCCAUAGAAAAUCUUUGGAGGGAGUUGAAAGUCUGUGUUGCCCAGCGACAGCCCCAAAACAUCACUGCUCUAGAGGAGAUCUGCAUGGAGGAAUGGGCCAAAAUACCAGCAACAGUGUGUGAAAACCUUGUGAAGACUUACAGAAAAUGUUUGACCUGUGUCAUUGCCAACAAAGUAUUGAGAAACUUUUGUUAUUGACCAAAUACUUAUUUUCCACCAUAAUUUGCAAAUAAAUUCAUUAAAAAUCCUACAAUGUGAUUUUCUGGAUAUUUUUUUCUCAUUUUGUCUGUCAUAGUUGACGUGUACCUAUGAUGAAAACAGGCCUCUCUCAUCUUUUUAAGUGGGAGAACUUGCACAAUUGGUGGCUGACUAAAUAAUUUUUUUCCCCCACUGUAUGCUUGCUGUAUGUACAUCAUUGUGUAUAACCUGUCACCCCCUCAACCCCCUAAUCGCCCAACACCCCACCAUUACACCCUGGAUGUAGCUCUCACCCAUGUCGAAAUGUAUUGGUUGAAUAGUUGGCCUUUUCAUAAAAUGGCACAAUAAUUUAAUUCGCUCACUUUUCUCUCUCGGUCUCUCUCUCACUCGGUCUCUCUCUCUCUCUCUCUCUCUCUCUCUCCGCUCUCUUCUGUCUGUCUGUCUGUCCUGUCCUGUCCUGUUCUGUCUCUCUCUCUGUUAUCUGUCUCUGUCUCUCUCUGUCUCUGUCUCUCUCUCCAUCUCUCUCUCUAUCUCUCUCUCUCUCUCUCUCUCUCUCUCUCUCUCUCUCUCUCUCUCUCCUCUCUCUCUCUCUCUCUCUCUCUCUCUCUCUCUCUCUCUCUCUCUCUCUGUCUCUCUCUGUCUCUCUCUGUCUCUCUCUCUCUCUCUCUCUCUCUCUCUCUCUCUCUCUCUCUCUCUCUCUCGCUCUCUCUGUUUUCUCUCUGUCUCUCUCAGUAUUUAUUGGGACUAUGCGUUGACCGUGCCUUUACGAGAGAUCGUGUGCAUUCACUGUCACCAGCAACGUGAGUCUCCACACACACACACACACACACACACCACACACACACACACACACACACACACACACACACACACGUAUGCGCACACACACACACACACACACACACACAUUCCUAACACGCUAUUACAGUCUACCUCAUUAUUUCCCAUCAACCCCAGUGUUACGGAGAAACUGGAAGCCUUUCCCUUCUUCUCCAGGGAUCCAUUCCACCAUGACACCUGGGUUGUCAUAGGAGGGGUCUCCAAUGGCAACCUAUCACCUAUAUAGUGGUUCUACUUUUGAGCAGGAAUAGGGAAUAUGGUGCUAUUUGGGAUACAGCCAUAGGAGGGCUGUGUGCUUUAUGACCGUGUCCCAUUAAGCUAUCAAUCAGGUGUUUUGAUGAAGUGUUCAUUUCCUGGUUGCGGUUAUUAAGUCGAGGAGGGUUUUAACAGGUCUGGGUGGAGGGUGGGAGGGCGGCGUGCAGGAGGGCGGAGGGCGGGAGGUGGGGGGAAGGAGGAUACAGCUGCUCAAGUUUCCUCAUUUAUCUUAGUGACUCCUUUAUACCUCUCUUUUCAUAUCUACCCUCUCUUUCUCUCCCCUUCCCAUAGCGGACUGUGGUGGAACUUUGGUGCUGGUUAGUCAGGAUGGUAUCCAGCACCCCCUCUCCACUUCCCCCCCGGCGGCCACCUCCUGGCCUUCCUGUCCUGCCUGGAGACAGGCCUGCUGCCCCACGGUCAGCUGGAGCCUCCACUCUGGAGCCAGAGAGGCA